CAUCUGCAUCAGAUACAGACCAUGGUGAUGGCACUGUUGAGGAUUUGAAGCUGGGUGAUGUCAGCCUGCUUACAGAAGAUAGCAUGCAGCAAGAUGACCCAGAAGUGGCUGGAGAGGUGCCUCAGCCGACUACAUGUGUCGUGAUGGACCUGCCACUGGAACGAAGGACCAAGGAGAAGAAGGCGGCGCGCACGUCCCACUCCUGUGAUUUUGCAGGCUGUGACAAGAAGUUCCUAUCGUACCAUUCGCUGAAGUCUCACGCGAUGGUACACUCGGGCGAGCGUCCGCACGCCUGCCAGUGGGCCGACUGCGGCCGCACCUUCACCAGCUUCUACAGCAUGUCGGCCCACUGCCGCACGCACACGGGACAGCGGCCCUACGGCUGCACGGUGGCGGGCUGCACCAAGGCCUUCAAGACGUCGAGUGACCUGCGCCGGCAUGCGCGCAUUCACACAGGCGACAAGCCGUACGCCUGCAGCUUCCGCGGCUGCUUCAAGAGGUUCUCAACGCUGGACAUCAGGAAGGUCCACGUCAGGACGCACACGGGUGAGAGACCUUACGUGUGUGAAUUUGACAACUGCUCGAAGGCGUUCUCGUCCCAGACGAACUACAAGAACCACAUGAGAACGCACACUGGGGAGAAGCCAUUUGUCUGCAAGCAUCCGGAUUGUGACAAGAGCUUUACGGAGUACUCCACCAUGUACAAGCACCAGAUGGUGCACCUACAGAGCUUCAUCGUGUGCGACGUGUGCAGCAAGAACUUCCGCAACAUGAGCACGUUCCAGUCGCACCGGGAGCGCGAGCACAGCUGGCUCGCUCCGCACCCGGCUUCUCAGGAGCAAAAGGAGGGCGCCGAGGCGGCGGCCGCCCCGGCCAGCCCGCAGCGCAUCCAGCUGCUGCUCACCGAGCUGGACGUGCGCACGGUCGAGAUCAACGGCGAGACGGCCCAGGUGCUGGUGCUGCCCUCCGACGGCGACCGGCCGCAGGAGUCGGGCGAGACUGCCGACCUGCACUUGCUGGGCUGCGCCGAGGCGCUGGUGGUGGAGGCCGACGAGUCGCCCGGCUCGGGCGACGCCCCCUCGCCGGCGCUCUCCGCCGAUGACCCGGACCCGCUCUCGGUGGUGGUGGAGGAGCAGGCAUGAGCCGCCCCGCCGGCGGAGGAGGCAGGACUGGAGUGGCGCGGUCGCGGCGCUGAGCACGCAAUCCGCCUCGGUCGUGGUGUAGGAGGGCGUGUGACCCGGGGCGGCCCUCGUGCCGGGCGGGAGGCGCGGGCGCUGCUGUAAAAUGGGGAGGUGUUGUGUGGUGUGGUGUCGUAGCCCGGUGGCUAGGAGAACACAGUCUGGACGCCUCGUGGCACUUGGGGUGGGGUGUCUUGGCCCGGGGGUAAGAGGAGCGGAGUCUGAACGCCUCGUGGCGCGCAUCGCUGGUGGUGAGCUGCGAUUGAGCUGUGUAAGAGGAGGGAGGCGGUUGCCCUGAGUGCGUUUAACGUCGGUGAGUGACAGUUGGCACUUCAUGGCGUUUCACCCACACUGGCGCCGCGCCGAGCAGUCGAGUUCUGGAUGGUGGCCUCAAGCGGGUUUAGCACCGUAGUCUAGGCCGUUUAUGUAGCGGAACGUGCUGUGCGUUUUCCCCUCUUUGUUGCGGUGUCGUCACGUAGUUUACUUCGUGUUGCCAUGGAUGACGAUCAUGAUUGUGAUGACGCCCAGUGGCUCAGUUCUGCUUUUGCUCGGUACGUAAUCUCUGUUUGUGUGAGUGUGGCUUAUGCUUUGAAGUGUGAGACCAGUUUGGCUGCGGUGUUAUAUUUACCAAAGAGUCGUUGCAGUUGGUCGUAGGUGGGUCGUUUUUUUACGGAUUGGCGUGUUUGCGCCCGGCCUAUCGUGUGUCGGCGAUCGUCAGGUUCCACUCCAUGGGCGUUGGUCAGACGACGCCUGUUGAUUCCCAGUCAGGUGAUGGAGACCGCUCCGAUCGGAACAUGUAUGGGUAGAUUUACUCCCCAUGGCCAAAUCCGCUUGGCGUCCGUGUUUCAAUUGAAAUGCAAGCAAAGGGCUGGACAGACCAGUGCUGGUGCUAUCCUGGCGAAUGACACGAAUGAUCCUACGCAUAGUAUUGCUAGGGUUGAAUCAAUCCAUCUUAAAUUUCUGGGCUGUGCUAUUGCUUCCUGACUUCUAAAUGGUGUCUCCAACACGGCUUAUGGCGGUGCUGAUCAGGUGAACGGUUGAAUUUUACAGCGGUUUUGGAGCAGCCUGGGAUAGGUGCUGCCAUCUUUUGGGCCAUAGCACUAUUUAUAUUUCCCAUAACCCUCGCCGAUGCCCUUCCUUUGCCCGGCCGGUCAUUGGUCGCUGCUCCGUGGUUGCAACAGAGAUAAAUGUGAAACGUGAAUAAAAGACAACGCAUAUUGUCUCACAACUUAUGGUAUGAAUAUUGGGCUAAGCUACGUGGCAUGGAUUGUCAAUAAAAGCCCGGAACAUCGUGUACCAGUUAAUGCCGUUCCAUCAAGUGC